AGUGUAUGGCCAGCCCCGGCUGACAACUGAUGAGAGAUUGUGGUUAGAAAAGCCUGCGGAAACGGGAUGUUCCAAGGCUAUUCCUUCAUUUUCUCUCCCUCCUCCAGGAUCUAAUCCAUCAACUGUCUCAAGCUGGAGUAACCUGGGCUCCUUUUUCAUCCUGUUGGCAGACAGGGCACACCCCCACCCCCAAAAAAUGCCUUAUUUUGCCUUGCUGGCUGGUCUGCUCGCUUUAUCUUUCCUGGCCUGCUGUGGGAGAGGUAAGCCCUUAGAGAACUGGGAGAGGGUGCCUGCCGUGGAAAGCACCAAUAAAUUCUUCGGGGAGGCUAUGAAGGGGGAGGAUGACAUGAGCUUUGAUUUCAAAAUGUUCCUGGAGAACAUGAAGGUGGAUUUCUUGCGGAGCCUGAAUUUAUCAGGGGUCCCUUCCCAAGACAGGACCAAAGUGGAGCCGCCUCAGUUCAUGAUUGAUCUGUACAACAGAUAUACCACCGACAAAUCGUCCACUCCAACAUCCAACAUAGUGAGAAGCUUCAGCAUUGAAGAUGUUGUCUCUAUGUCUUCGACAGACAGACAUCUCUUCCAGAAGCACAUCUUACUUUUCAACAUCUCUAUCCCAAGACAUGAACAAAUCACCAGGGCUGAGCUCCGGCUCUAUAUCUCAUGUCAAAGCCACGCCAAAUUGUCCCACGAACUGAAAGGCAACAUUGCCAUUUAUGACAUCCAAGGUGGAACAGACUUCUGGGAAGGCACAGAGGGGACCAAGUCUUUCCUUGUGUCCCAGGUCAUCCAAGAAAGUGGAUGGGAAACAUUUGAGGUCUCCAGUGCAGUGAAACGAUGGGUCAGGUCAGACCCAACAAAGAACAAAAACAAACUGGAAAUCAGAGUGGAAAGUCACAUGAAAGGAUGUGAAAAACUAGACAUCAGUGUCCCCCCAGAAUCCAAAAACUUUCCCUUCUUUGUUGUAUUCUCUGAUGACCGCAGCAAUGGGACAAAGGAAACCAAGAUGGAGCUCAGAGAAAUGAUAGGUCAUGAGCAAGAGAGCGUGCUCAAGAAAUUGUCCAAGAAUGUUAGUCCUCAGGAAGAGGAGGAAAUGGAAGAAGAAAUGGAGAAUUUCUCCAUCAGGAGACCAUUUUCAUCCAGAAACAAGAGAAGCACAACUCCCAAUAACCACUGCCAAAGGAGCUCCCUUAGAGUCAACUUCAAGGAUAUUGGCUGGGACAAUUGGAUCAUUGCCCCGAAGGAGUAUGAUGCAUAUGAAUGUAAAGGAGUCUGCUUCUUCCCUCUCGCCGAUGAUGUGACUCCAACUAAGCAUGCCAUUGUUCAGACUUUAGUGCAUCUCAAAAAUCCCAUGAAAGCUGGGAAAGCCUGCUGUGUGCCCACCAAACUGAACCCAAUUUCUAUCCUUUACAAAGAUGAUGUUGGAGUGCCCACUUUAAAAUACCAAUAUGAAGGAAUGAGUGUGGCAGAAUGUGGAUGUAGGUAGUACCCAAUAGCCUGCCAAGCCAGGAAAGAAGAAAAUAUUGGCAUACUGUUUAGGGUAGAAGGGGAGGGGAGGUAUCAAAAGGCAUACUCUUGUACAAAGCUAUACACUGGUGCUGACUAUGUUAACUGGAGUAGGCAAUCUUGGAAAGGAGGAAAGAAAAAAAUCUAAGACUCUAAAGAUGUUACAUGGAACUAGUUAUUUGGAAGCACUACUACAAUUGACCCUUUUAGCUAUAUGUCCAAUAUGAGUAAGGUUGGCCUUUGAAGCACCCAAAGGGGAUCUUGGGGAAACAGAAUUGGGUGAGGAGAAUGUAAAAAAAUCAGAGAAGUAGAUGGAAUAGGGGGGUGGGGAACGAGCAGGGAAGAUGGUGGAAAAAAAGGAACACAAAGUCAAAGAGUUGAGUGUUAGCAGAAAAUUAUCUUAAGAUUACUGGGUAUGAGGAGUGCAGAUGGAUCCAUAAUGUAUUAUAAUCCAUGAAAAUAAACAUGAAAGGGAAUAGAGAAGUAAGGAAUGAAAGUUUCACAUGGACAGCAGUGUUCCUAAGGAGGUCAUCACCUUGAUCUAGGGCACACUCCAUGUCAGAAAACUGAUUAACAGCUGCUGCUUUAUGGAAAGAUGACAGUUAAGAAUGUAUACGCCAAGAAUGCAGAGUUACAAUUCAUUACCACCAGGCUCCACCAACACAUCAUUCAAUUAUGAUUGAAUGUGUAGAUGCAGGCUGGAUGGAUCUGGCUACAAAGUGGAUCAGGGGCAUAAAGUACAGUGAGCUUCGUCUGCCACAGCUGUCUUCCCAACAGAGCCCUUCCAAGGAUUUUAAAGCCCAAACUUUGCCACUGCCAGGGCACAAAGGGGACCAGGGGCAAAUGGAGUCCAUCAAUUACUUUGGUUUCUCUGCUGGUCCACUACAUAGUCAAAAUAGAUAUUAUUUGUUAUCAAACAAAUCCAUUAUUUCAUACUCCUAAGGGGUAGCAGUGUUACAUGUUAUUGGAUAGUAUGUGGAGGAUGGUUCAGCACAGAGACUCCAGUUCUUUUCAAUUAUUUAUUCAACAUAGUUGACCAUGUAUUUUCUUUGUGCAUGAACUGGCUUUUUUCUUUCUAGUUUUCCUUUUGGAAGAAUUUAAAGAGUAGUGAAUGAAUCAGGCUUUAAUUCACUGAAAUAAAUGUGUGGGAGUUGGAGAUGUCAUGCUUUGGA